UUCUGCUGUAUGAAUUUGCUUUUUUUUUUCCCUCUUUCUUCUAAACUGUGAUUGGUAUUAAAAUUAAGAUUGAAUGGGUCUAUUCAACCCCAAUGCUAGCUCAAGGGUGAGGGUUGCCCUUGUAAUACACCUUCGUGCCCAGAAAUGAUUAUCUGAAGCGUGAACAUUUGCACGUGGAUGGUCCAAAAACAUUGGAUUAGAUAGAUUUUGAUACUAUAUUAGAAUUGAGAUUGAGUGAGUCUAACUUAAUUCCAAAAGCUAGCGCAAAGGGAUUAGAAAUGGAAGCUAAUAGCGAUCUUAAGAUUCCUCUGUUGCAGACUUCACCAGAAGAUGCCGCAGUAAGGACGGUUAUGUUUCAAAUAGGUGACAUCAAGUGUGCAUCGUGUGUAAAUUCUGUUGAAUCUGCAAUUAAGGACCUCCAUGGAGUAAACAGCAUCAUGGUGUCGCCACUUGACGGCCGAGCUAUAAUAAAAUAUUCUCCAAAAUUUAUCACUGCGAAAAACAUAAAAGAAGCAAUAGAAGACAGUGGCUUUGGAGUUGAUGAGCUACAGGAGCAAGAAAUAUCGGUAUGCCGAGUAAGGAUUAAAGGGAUGGCCUGCACAAGCUGCUCCGAGUCUGUUGAGAAUGCACUUCGGAUGAUUGAUGGAGUGAAAAAGGCAACUGUAGGUCUAGCUUUAGAGGAGGCCAAAGUGUACUUUGAUCCUAACCUCGCCGAUGCAAACAAGAUAAUUGAAGCUAUAGAAGAUGCUGGUUUCGGAGCAGAACUUAUUAGCUCUGCUAAUGAUGUGAACAAAGUGCAUUUAAAACUAGAAGGGGUUGAUUCUCUUGAAGAUGUAAAUAUUGUGAUGUCUUCGCUUGAGUUCGCAGCAGGUGUGAAUCAUGUUGAAUUCAAUUUGACAGAACAUAUAGUAACAGUUAACUAUGAACCGGAUAUUACGGGUCCAAGAUCUCUCAUUCACUUUAUUCAGACAGCUAGCUCUGGCACCAAGAUGUACCAGGCAUCCUUGCACACUACUUCAGGAAAAAGAGAAAGGGAUAAGGUGGAUGAAAUUCGUAGGUAUAGGGACCAAUUUUUGUUCAGCUGCUUAUUUUCGGUUCCUGUGUUUGUAUUUGCCAUGGUGCUUCCCAUGCUUCCUCCCUAUGGAAACUGGUUGAACUAUAAGAUCCACCAUAUGCUAACCCUUGGGCUGUUUCUGAGAUGGAUUCUUAGUACACCGGUGCAGUUCAUAGUUGGCAAAAGGUUUUAUGUAGGAUCAUAUCAUGCACUGAGGCGAAGAUCUGCUAACAUGGAUGUGCUGGUUGCAUUAGGAACUAAUGCUGCUUAUUUUUACUCCGUAUACAUUUUAAUAAAAGCACUGACUUCAGAUACUUUUCAAGGACAAGAUUUCUUUGAGACCAGUUCCAUGUUGAUAUCCUUUAUUCUGUUAGGGAAAUAUUUGGAGAAUUUGGCUAAAGGGAAAACCUCAGAUGCUUUAGGAAAGCUGACACAACUUGUUCCUGAUAAAGCUUAUCUGGUGGACAUGGAUGCUGAUGAAAAUGUUAUCUCAGAGACAGAAAUUGACACUCAACUAAUACAAAAGGGUGACAUACUUAAGAUUGUUCCUGGGGCCAAAAUUCCUAUUGAUGGUGUUGUUAUAAAAGGGCAAAGCUAUGUAAAUGAAAGUAUGAUUACCGGGGAGGCAAAACCUGUUGAUAAAAGUCCUGGUGACAAGGUUAUUGGUGGAACAAUCAAUGAGAAUGGCUGCUUACUGAUUAAGGCUACACAUGUUGGAUCAGAUACUGCACUUUCUCAAAUUGUUCAGCUUGUAGAAACCGCUCAACUAGCUAAGGCACCAGUUCAAAAACUCGCAGACCACAUUUCAAGGGUUUUUGUUCCAUUAGUGGUUGUUGCAGCAUUUUUAACUUGGAUGGGAUGGUUUGUUCCUGGGGAAGUUGGUUUAUACCCUAGGCAUUGGAUACCAAAAGCAAUGAAUGCAUUUGAACUUGCUCUGCAAUUUGCUAUUUCUGUACUAGUUGUUGCUUGCCCUUGUGCUUUGGGUCUAGCAACACCAACUGCAGUCAUGGUUGCUUCAGGCAUGGGUGCUUCUCAAGGUGUUCUCAUCAAGGGUGGAGAUGCAUUGGAAAAGGCACACAAGGUAAAAGUUGUUGUGUUUGAUAAGACCGGGACACUAACCGUUGGAAAGCCGGCGGUAGUUAGUGCAGUACUGUUUUCUGAUUUUACUAUGGAAGAAUUUUAUGACAUGACAAUAGCAGUGGAGUCAAGUAGUGAGCACCCACUAGCAAAAGCUGUUGUUAAACAUGCAAAGAAGCUGCGCAAGAAAUUUGGUUCCAACGAUGAGGAAGUGCCAGAUGUGAAGGACUUUGAGGUGCAAGUGGGAGCUGGUGUGAGUGGAAAAGUUGGUGAAAGAACAGUUCUAGUUGGAAACAAGAGACUUAUGCAUGCUUGUAAUGUUCCACUGAGUUCCGAGGUUGAGAGGUACAUGUCUGAGAAUGAAAUUCUAGCGAGAACUUGUGUUCUGGUUUCGAUCGACGGGAAGAUUGCUGGAGCAUACUCUGUAACUGAUCCAUUAAAGCCCGAAGCUAAGCGUGUCAUAUCUUUUCUCCACUCCAUGGGCAUUUCAAGCAUCAUAGCAACCGGUGAUAACCUUGCUACUGCAACUGCUAUUGCAAACGAAGUUGGUAUUGAUGAGGUCUUCGCCGAGACAGAUCCACUAGGGAAAGCUGAUAAGGUGAAAGAGUUACAGAUGAAAGGGAUGACUGUGGCAAUGGUGGGUGAUGGAAUAAAUGACUCGCCGGCCUUGGUUGCUGCUGAUGUUGGUAUGGCAAUAGGUGCUGGAACUGAUGUAGCCAUAGAAGCAGCUGAUAUAGUGCUUGUGAAAAACAGCUUGGAAGAUGUGAUCACAGCCAUAGAUCUUUCCAGAAAGACCAUGUCGCGUAUCCGCCUCAAUUAUAUCUGGGCUCUCGGCUAUAACAUUCUAGGCAUGCCGGUUGCUGCCGGUGUCUUAUAUCCCUUUACCGGAAUCAGAUUGCCCCCAUGGCUGGCCGGUGCUUGCAUGGCUGCUUCUUCUAUUAGCGUGGUUUCUUCAUCUCUUCUACUGCAAUUGUAUAAAAAACCUUUAAAUGUUCAAUGCAUCUGAAUUGAUGGCCUAUUAUGCACAAUCCAUUUUUUUUUUUCAAGAAUCAUGUGUAAGUUUUUUAUUGGAAUGUUAUUUUUCUUAUUAUUUCUUUCAAACUGAAAGGUAGAUGUUCGCUUGUUCCAUGUAAGCAAUGAUCUUCCAAUCUUGCCUUUCUUAAUAUUGAGUAGUUUAUUAACAAGUACUAUAUGCAAUUUCAUUCUUA